AUGUUUACAUACACACUGCUAACGCCGAGACCGUCGAGCUCCGAAAUUGGGGACGAUUCUUACGACCCCACUGGCUCCGAUGCCGAAUCAGAUUCCCAGACGACUUACAAAGGUAUAACAAGGGCUUCGUUGCUGCGGUUUGGUCAAAACUUGAAUAUACUGGCCGAUCCAGGCUGGGAUGGCAAAUGCGACCUUUCGUUUUUGGAAAGUGUGAUCCCCACGAUAGACGUGAUACUGCUAUCUCAGACAACCAAAGAGCAUUUGGGUGCAUUUGCACUACUGCAGUUCAAAUUUCCAAUUCUGCAGAAAAUUCCGGUUUAUGCUACUCUACCGGUUACCAACUUGGGUAAGGUCACCACAAUUGAACUCUAUCGUAGUUGUGGAGCGACUGGACCACUGGAUACUGCCUUCAUAGAGCAGGGUGACAUAGAACAAGCCUUCAACAGAAUCACUCCGCUGAAGUAUUCUCAGUCUGUCAGUGUUGGAGCUAGUGGUGCCUCGAUUACUGCUUACAAUGCUGGACACACUCUUGGUGGAUCUUUUUGGUUGAUAACCAAAGAUACCGAAAAAGUAAUAUACGCACCCACAUGGAACCACUCCAAGGACUCUUUUUUGAACGCUGCUAAACUGGUCACACCCUACUUGUUGAGACCAACCACGCUCAUCACGGGUACGGAUUUGGGCACCGCUUUGCCUUAUAAGAAGAAGGUGGAGAAGUUCAUCGUGAUGGUACAGGCAACCAUCCAGAACGGAGGAUCGGUAAUUCUUCCGACGACAGUAGCCGGAAGAAUGUUUGAGUUGUUGCCAUUGAUCGACCAGAAUACGAAUAACACAAUCCCGGUACUAUUACUGUGUCACAGUGGAACCAAGGCAUUAGCUUUCGCAUCAAACAUGCUUGAAUGGAUGUCUCCCGAGAUGUUGAAGCAAUGGGAAUCAAAGGGGCAGGCUCCCUACGACGUCACUCAAGUCAGACUUGUGAGCCCAGAAGAAUUGGUUAGACUAGAGGGUCCUAAGGUUGUGUUUUGCUCAGACUCUGAUCUCGAAGAGGGAUCACAGGGCAGAUCAUGUCUGCUGGCUUUGUCGAGCAGGCCCAACUCUACCAUUAUUCUUACUGAAAGACCCAGCAGCGAAAGUUUUUCGAGCGAGAUAUACGAAACGUGGUCAAAUCUAUCAAAAAAAUCCAACAAUGGCAAACUAGAGGACGGUAUUGCUGUUCCUCUGGAAAAGGCUUUUCACCUCAAGAUGUACAAAGAAGAACUGCUAGAUGGCCUUGAGCUAUCUGCUUAUAAGAAGAAUCUCCACGACAAAAGACAGAGGCAGAGGAUGGCUGUUGCGGCUGAUAGAAAGAAUGAGGAGCUGCUUUUGGGAGAUGGUGAGAUUUUGGGGGAUUCAUCUGAGUCUGAAGAAGAGCAUGAGGAUGACGAUAUCGAUGAAGACGGAGACGGAAAUGCUACUACUACUACAGCAGCAGCUGCAAAGAAUGACAAAAACAAAGAGAUCACCUUGAAUGCUGGAUCUGCAGGGAAGGAAGUGGACUCCUUUGCUGGAUCAUCGAUAGAGACACUGCUGAAAACGCCCAUGGAUUUCGAUGUGCGCAACGCCAAAGGAAGAAACAGAAUGUUUCCAUUUGUUCAGAAGAAGAUUGUCAGGGAUGAUUAUGGUAUUGUAAUCAAUGCAAACGAAUUUUCAAGAAAAGAAGACAAGUUUGGUGGUUUUGAGCAAAAUCAGAACUCCUACAACCAGAGAAAGAGAAACCUUGAUCGUGGUGUAGACGACGACGAGACGAACAAAAAGAAGAAGUUGAAUAAGGAGGAAAUCCGGCAGCAAGAAGAAGAGCAACAUUUGGAUUUGGAUCCACUGAAGAACCCCAGAAGAAGGGAGGAGAUAGUAAUCAGCCUUGGCACCAGGUGCGGUCUGACAUUUAUCGAUCUUGCAGGGUCUGUCGACUUGCGCUCUAUGAUGAUCAUCAUUAACUCUUUGAAACCAAAGAAAGUAUUGCUGAUACCUGAACGUUCCAUUUCAUAUGGAUGUGGUUUGAAAGAGGUGACCAGUGCCAUCGAACAACAGCAACAGAAGCUCCUGGUCAGUGCCGCAUACACGCGAAACAAUGCAAAUCCAGCCAUGGAUAUGAUCACAGUGGUUGGUAAUUCACCAGUGAGUGUCGGUAGCGUUAUCACGAGCUACGAAGUAUCACUCGAUGAAAAGCUUGAACAGGCUUUAAAAUGGCAAAAGAUUGCAGGUGGUUAUUCCAUUGCCCACGUUGUUGGAGAGAUUGCCAAAUCAGAACCAGAAGAAGGAGACAACACGAGUCUUAACCCGAAGAAUCUGGUGCUACGCACGCUACCCUCGGAGGUGACUUCUUCAGCGCUGGUUUCCGCUUCAAUGGGACCUUUGGCAAUUGGUGAUAUAAGACUGGCCGAGCUAAAGAGGAAACUGGCUGAAAUCAACAUGAAGGCAGAGUUCAAGGGAGAUGGUGCCCUGGUGAUCAACAAUCAACUUGCAGUGAGAAAGAUUUCCGACAGCGACUUGGUAAUUGAAGGCAUGGUGGGGGAGCUUUUCUACGAUGUCAGGAAGAUUGUGCAAAAUAUGCUUGCGUAUGUUUAA